CGUCUCAUCGCCACCAGAAGCUAAAGCUGGAAAGAAUCCACAGAGCUUGGCUUGUCCUGGAGUGUGAGCGAGCACAGUGGACAGAAGCUUUCAAACAGACGACCCUUCAGGACGAGAUGGAUCCACUCGAGCACCAUGCCGCUGAGGAGGAGCUCCAGACAUCCCAGAGGAUAAAGUGUUUGAACGACGAGGGAUACGAACUGCAAACCCAUCAGAUGGAGACAGACGUGGAGAAUAACAUCACAGUGAACACACACCCGCUGGAGACCACCGUACUGAUCAUCCAGCAUGACUGGCGAGACUUCCUGCAGACACAGGAUAUCCUGGAGAAGAGAAGCCCCUCCCCUCCCUCUCUGUCCUCAGACAAGAUGAGCACGUCCAUCAGCAUGACCACCCUAUCAGAUGGCAGCACGCCCGAUUACCGGGAGGAUGGCAUGGAUCUGGGCAGCGAUUCCUCCAGUCGCUCCAGCUCCGAGUCCAACUCAAACAAGGUGACGCCCUGCUCCGAGUACAAGUCCUCUCCCAGUCUGGAGCUGGCCGGUCUGGAGGACUACGAGGAGGACGAAGACUUCCAGCAGUACAGUAAGAGAGCGCUGGUGGACUGGGAGAGGGAGUACGGCCGGAGCUACACAGACUCCCAGCAUCAGGACGUCAGCCAGAGCUCAGUUAACCGCCGCAGCCUGGCGGAGGAGCUCCAGAGCGCCAAAACACCCGCCGGACCUCUCCCGGGUCACGGCACCAGCACCUCCAUACAAGAGGAGCUGAAGCAGAACGCCAACUCCAUCCUGCCCAGCGAGGGCAAGACUUUAGCCAAACCCAGCCAUGGGAGCGGCGUCACGGGACGGGAAUCCAGUGCGGUGGGAGGCAGGACCGGGCUGGGAACAUACAGAGAGGAAGAGGUGGAGGAAACCCAACUUCCACCAAUGGACUGGGCGGCUCUGGAGAAACACUUGGCAGGACUUCAGUUCAGAGAACAGCAGAACCACAACCACGGCCUGAUCCGGACCAACUCCACCAGCGCUCAGAAGAACGAGCGCGAGUCCAUCCGGCAGAAGCUGGCUCUGGGCAGUUUCUUUGACGAUGGGCCGGGAGUCUACAGCAGCUGCAGCAAGAGCGGCAAACCCAGCCUGUCCUCCCGGCUGCAGAGCGGAAUGAACCUGCAGAUCUGCUUCGUCAACGACAGCGGCAGCGACAAAGACAGCGACGCAGACGACAGCAGGACAGAGACCAGCCUGGACACACCGCUGUCUCCCAUGAGCAAACAGAGCUCGUCCUACUCGGACAGAGACACCACGGAGGAUGACUCAGAGUCUCUGGACGACAUGGACUUCCUGAGCCGACAGAAGAAGCUGCAGGCCGAGGCCAAGCUGGCUCUCGCGAUGGCCAAACCCAUGGCCAAGAUGCAGGUGGAGGUGGAGAAGCAGAACCGUAAGAAGUCUCCAGUGGCAGAUCUGCUUCCCCACAUGCCGCACAUCAGCGAGUGUCUGAUGAAGAGGAGUCUGAAGCCCACGGAUCUCAGAGACAUGACGCUGGGACAGCUCCAGGUGAUCGUCAACGACCUGCACUCUCAGAUCGAAGGUCUGAACGAGGAGCUGGUGCAGCUGCUGCUGAUGAGGGACGAGCUUCACAUGGAGCAGGACGCCAUGCUGGUGGACAUCGAGGACCUGACCAGGCGUGCUCAGAGCCAGCAGAAGCACCUGGUGGAGAAGACGCUCUCCAAAUGAAGCCGCGCUCCUCACAGCAUCAGUUCACACAGACACCUUCCUUUGCUUCAUGCGUGCUGAUCUCUGGCGUCUCCUGCAGCGCUCGCCUCAUCGACCCGUCUCAGUCUGUCACUAGAUCUGUCCGAAGCAGCUCAGGACAGUGUUUAACACAGGGUUCGAGGACUCCAGAGCACACACGCCGGCCUUCAGUCGACUUCACUGACUGCUGUUCAACUGAUGUGAAUGUCGUGUUCAUGUCAUUUCAUUCUACUGUAUUCAGAUUCUUUAUUUGAGGGGGAUGCUUAUGUACAGAUAUGUGUAAAAUAAGAAAAAAUAAAUAAAACUUUGUUUCAUAGAC